GUGCCAGGAAUUCGAGCCUCCGCCUUCACCCUGCAAUUCAGCGCUGCACCGGGUUAACCUGAAGGUAACCCAGGGAGCCUUUCCGGGAGCCACCGGCACACAUCGGACCUGCGACCAACCGAGUCCUAGGAGAGGGCGGGGAAGCCAGGGCUGGAGUAGAGCCGCCUGGAGGAGGAACCAGGCCUGGAAAUGGCUCCUGGCUAAAAUGCUUGCCUAGGAGCUGCCGCUGGCCAAGCUUGGGAAGGGGGCAGCGGAGAGAUCUAAGAAAGGCCAGGAACAAACUUCCCAAAGAGUUUGGACCAGAUUUUUUCCCUAAUCUAGGGCGUGACUUUCCCAGGAACUCAUCUCGUGCACUUCUUAAGAUGCUUUGAGGAGUCUCUCUCUCUCUCUCUCUCUCUCUCUCUCUCUCUCUCUCUCUCUCUCUCUCUCUCUCUCUCUCUCUCUCUCUCUCUCUCUCUCGCACGUGUGUGUGUGGAGGUCUAAGAACAACUUGCACAAGUCUGCCAUCCUUCACUAAGCGGGGUCCCGGGGCUCGAACUCGGGUUCUCAGGCCUUUGCCAGCUGAGCUGCCCUCUUCUAGAAGUGAAACUGCACACGUAGCUUCUUGACGCCUCUAAAGCUAUGGACACAAGGGAAGGACGAGACGCGAGCCUUCGCCCUGUGACAGCCUGGGAUUUCUUCCUCCCACUGUCUCGGCUCCCAGCCGCUCUAAGAACCGAAAACCUGGGUCUCAUAUUUCCGGGGGACACUCUUGCGCUGUGCACACCGCUUGGUUUCCCUUGUGUGAACCAAUAGAAACCAUGGUCAAUGGUAGUGGCGAGUCGCUGGGCGCACUGCCAGUCACGCCGCGAAGGGGCGGGACUUCCUCCCGGAACUUGAAGCCCCGCAGGAAGGUCGGGCAGGAGCUGGCUGGUUGGAAAUCCAUGUGGCGCGGGCUGAGUGCCCUGGCGACCAGGGCGGCGCGGGCGCCCCGCAGGCUGUGCGCACGCCGGAGCAGCGGCGCAGGGUCCUGGACCCCCGAGAGCACCAUCUUCGCGCUCAGCUCCGGCCAGGGCCCCUGCGCCAUCGCUGUGAUCCGCACCAGCGGCCCGGCCAGCGGGAUCGCGCUCCGCAGCCUCACGGCGUCCCGGGAGCCACCUCCGGCCCGCAGCGCCCGCCUGCACCUUCUCCGCCACCCGCGCUCCGGGGAGCCGCUGGACCGCGCGCUCGUCCUCUGGUUUCCAGGCCCCCGGAGUUUCACGGGUGAGGAUUGCGUGGAGUUUCACGUGCACGGAGGUCCCGCGGUGGUCAGCGGCGUCCUGCAGGCGUUGGGUAGUGUGCCAGGACUGCGACCAGCUGAGGCUGGGGAGUUCACCAGAAGGGCAUUCGCCCACGGAAAGCUGAGCCUGACUGAAGUGGAGGGACUGGCCGAUCUGAUCCACGCAGAAACUGAGGCCCAGCGGCGCCAGGCCCUGAGGCAGCUGGAUGAGGAACUGGGCCAACUGUGCCGAGGCUGGGCCAAGACCCUCACCAAGGCUCUGGCCCAUGUAGAAGCCUAUAUUGACUUCGGAGAGGAUGGCAGUUUGGAAGAGGAUGUGUUGGAGCAGGUGGACAGAGACGUUCGAACCCUGGAGGCUGCACUGAGUUCCCACCUGCGAGAUGCCAGGCGUGGUCAGAGGCUCCGCUCGGGGGCUCACGUUGUGGUCACUGGACCCCCCAAUGCGGGCAAGAGUAGUCUGGUGAAUCUUCUCAGCCAGAAACCCGUGUCCAUCGUGUCCCCAGAGCCAGGGACCACCCGAGAUGUGCUGGAGACGCCCGUGGACCUGGCUGGCUUCCCUGUGCUGCUGAGUGAUACUGCCGGGCUGCGGGAAGGCGUGGGCGUGGCUGAGCAGGAGGGCGUGCGAAGGGCUCGCCAGCGGUUGGAGCAGGCUGACAUCAUCCUGGGGGUCCUGGAUGCCUCCGACCUGGCCUCCCCCUCCUGCUGCAGCUUCCUGGACACUGUGGUGGCCCCAUUGGCAGCGCAGAGCCCCAACAGCGGUGGACAGCGCUUCCUGCUGCUGCUCAACAAAUCUGACCUGCUUCCCACUAGUCCCCCGGCCAGCGAUACUGCCUUAUUAGGGUCGCCGCACCUGCUGCUGUCCUGCCUCACUGGAGCUGGGCUGGACGGCCUCCUGCAGGCCCUAAAGACGGAGCUGGCUGCCGUGUGUGGGGACCCAUCCACGGGACCACCGCUCCUGACCCGGGCUAGGCACCAGCAUCACCUCCAGAGCUGCCUGGAUGCCCUGGGCCACUACCAGGCAACCACGGACCUGGCCCUGGCAGCCGAGGCCCUGCGUCGGGCUCGUAGGCACCUGAACCACCUCACAGGAGGAGGAGGCACUGAAGAGGUCCUGGACCUCAUCUUCCGGGACUUCUGUGUGGGCAAGUAAGGAUCAGAGCCGGGUGGGACCCAGGGCCUCAGAGAGCAGGCGAGCACUUGGGGUCCCCGGCCCUCGAGCCUAUUCCCUCCACAGUGAGCAGGAGACAGGCCAGGGAUCCCAGGAUGGGUAACCCUCGGCCGCUGAGAUUAAGGCCUUCAUCACCAUGCCAAGUGUACAUAGUGCUGGAGAUGAAAUUCUUGCCACGCCCCAGCUCCUCACAGGGGCUCCAACCCUGAGCCACGCCCCCAACCUCUCACUGGGGGACUCUAGACAGGGGCUCCACCCUGAGCCACGCCCCUGGCUUCAUAGUUUUUAAGUACCGCAGGAACAUGAAGAGUUUGGGUGGUCCAGAAAUGUCAGUUCAAGAGGACCAGUCAGCCUUACCUUCCAGAAGUUUGCCUCUGUGUUCUCUCUAUGACGUGUCAUAUGUCAAUCUCUCAUAUGUCAAUCAAAUAUAUUUAUUUAUUAUCGCCUCUG